GUGCGCAAGCGCGCCAAAUAUUGGCGCGGGAGAGGAAGCAGUGCGCAUGCGCGCGUGGCGCUGCGGAGCCAGCGCGGGUGUGACGUUCAGGCACGCGACGCGGGAGCGGGCGCCGGCGGCGGCGGCGCCGCCCGGGGCGGCGAGGCCGGGGCUUCGGACGGCCGGAAACCAUGUUCGGCUCCAGCCGGGGCGGUGUGCGCGGCGGGCAGGACCAGUUCAGCUGGGAGGACGUGAAGACCGACAAGCAGAGAGAGAACUACCUGGGCAACUCGCUGAUGGCCCCUGUGGGCCGCUGGCAGAAGGGCCGCGACCUCACCUGGUACGCCAAGGGUCGGGCGGACGGCGCGGGACUGAGCCGGGAGGAGGAGCUGGCGGCCGUGAGGCAGGCAGAGCAGGAGGCGCUCAUGGCGGCGCUAGGUUACAAGAACGUGCGGAAGCAGCCCACCGGCCUGAGCAAGGAGGACUUUGUCGAGGUGUGUAAGCGGGAAGGAGGGGACCACGAGGAGAAGGGAGUGGACCGGCUGCUGGGCCUGGGGAGCUCCAGUGGCUCCGCAGGCCGAGUGGCGUUGUCCCGCGAAGACAAGGAGGCCGCCAAGCUGGGGCUCUCCGUGUUCACGCACCAUCGCGUGGACAGUGGCCGGCUGGCGUCCUCUCCGGCCUCCUCCAGGAAGAAGCCUAGGUCUGAGGACGAGAAGGCGGAGCCGGGCCCCGAGGGCCACAGGAAAAGCAGAAAAGAGAAAAAAAAGAAGAAAAAGAAGAAGCACAAGAAAGAGAAGAAGAAAGAGAAGGCA